AUGGCACCCCAAACCCAGUUAUCGGGACGCGUCGCGCUAGUUACCGGAGGUGGUCAGGGUAUCGGACGCGCUAUGUGCUUAGCCUUCUCUACAGCUGGAGCCAAGGUAGUAAUUGCCGAUAUCGACCAGGCGAAGGGCACACGGGUCGCGACCGAGAUAGUCGAGCGUGGAGGUGAUGCCCAUUUUGUCCUGACAGACGUCACCAAGUCUGAGAGCAUUCGCAGCCUAGUUCAAGAGACAGUUCGCCGAUUUGGAAAAUUGGAUAUCGCUGUCAACAACGCGGCACUUGGGCCAGAUACCUCGGAGAUUGCCUCUCUUGACGAGGAAUCUUGGACGCGGAUCAUCCAGACCAACCUCACCAGCGUGGCGUUUUGUCUGAAGUGGGAGCUACAACACAUGCAGGCGCAGGGUGGCGGAGGUUCAAUCAUCAAUCUGACUUCGGGUUCGGCCCUGAGACCUCAAGCCACCAUGCCGGCCUACGUUGCCGCUAAAUCGGCCGUUAUUGGUCUGACUAAGGUUGCAGCCGUCGAGAAUGGUCGGCACGGGAUCAGGGUUAACGUUAUUUCCCCCGCAGCUACCAAUACGCCUAUGCUUGCUCAGUCAUUGACCGAUAUGGGAGUUACUGCAGAACAGCUCGUUUCCAGUUCUGUGGGUGGGCAUCUUGGACGACUGGGCGAGCCUGAGGAUAUUGCAGCGGCCGCACUUUGGCUGGCUUCUGAUGCCUCAUCAUAUGUGACAGGAGCUUUGUUCCCAGUAGAUGGAGGAUAUUCCGUCUAA